UACUCUACUUGCCUCCCACACUGGCUAUAAAAUUCUUCUGUUCUCUUUCUACCUUCUUAGUUGCAGUGUAUGAGUAGUGUUAAAUAGUAUGCGUUAAUAUACAUUUACAUUGAUGUACUAUGUAUACAUGUACAUAUAAUAGUUGACCGAUUAUACGACAAGAUUUUUUACUGUGCAGUAAUAGACGCGGAUCGCCAUUUUUUGGAGCAUUGAUCGUGUAAAAAAUAGGUUCUAAAGUGGAAAAAAUAGGUGAUGAAUUUAACUGUAGUAAGUUUAAACCUCGGACCACCUAAUAGGUGGUAACCUGAAGAUAUAAAGCAUUAACCUAUCAAAUGAUAUGCUCAAUAAUGAAGUAGUAAGGCUAAUAAGCAGAUGAUUCUGGAUUAAACUAGAGCUUCUGGAUUAUCAAUGGAAGUAAAUUAAGAAAAACACACCUAAAUGCCAUUCAUUAAUCUUGCAUAGCACCUGCAAAAACUUGCGGCCAACAAUUGAUAAAAAAUGGCCACUAAUCAAGUCGAUUAUCAGUGGGCCUAUUCCAUUAUGGAUUCGUCCAGGGUUUCUACUUUUUUAAUAUCAAUUUUGUUAAUUGUUUAUGGAAGUUUUCGAUCAUUGAAUAUGGAACAAGAGGCAAGAGAAAGGGAAAAAGAAAAAGAGCGAAAAAAUUUACUUACGGGAUUGACAAGUGGUACCAAUAGUACAGAUAGCAGUAAUAAUGGUGUUCAAACCCUGGAUACUAUGCACGCUCUUUGUCUACCUCUUGGUGCUUCCAUAUCCCUUCUUAUUAUGUUUUUCUUCUUCGACAGUAUGCAAAUGUUAUUUGCUAUUUGUACAGCAAUUAUAGCGACAGUUGCAUUGGCAUUUCUCCUCUUGCCAAUGUGCCAGUAUAUCAUACGACCAUGCUCAGACGGAAACAAAAUUUCAUUCGGCGUUUGCGGCAGGUUUACUGGUGCUGAACUGUUAUCAUUCUCACUUAGUGUGAGCAUAGUUUGUAUUUGGGUACUAACCGGUCACUGGUUACUGAUGGACGCAAUGGGUAUGGGUCUUUGUGUUGCCUUCAUAGCAUUUGUACGAUUACCUAGCCUAAAGGUAUCCACACUUUUACUCACUGGACUACUUAUAUAUGAUGUCUUUUGGGUCUUUUUUUCAUCUUAUAUAUUUAGUACAAAUGUUAUGGUUAAAGUGGCCACGAGACCAGCAGAUAAUCCAGUAGGUUUAGUAGCACGACGACUACACCUUGGCGGUGUAGCUCGUGAAGCCCCAAAGCUCUCUUUACCAGGGAAACUAGUUUUUCCAUCAAUACAUCAAGCUGGGCAUUUUUCAAUGCUUGGUCUUGGAGAUGUAGUUAUGCCUGGACUAUUGCUUUGUUUUGUUCUACGAUAUGAUGCUUACAAAAAAAGUCAGCUCAUUCCUGGCGGCUGUGAGGCUGGUGUACCACCUCCAAGACAUUUAAGUCGUAUUAGUUACUUCCAUUGCUCACUUAUUGGUUAUUUUCUCGGUUUACUCACUGCCACUGUUAGCUCCGAGGUUUUUAAAGCAGCACAACCCGCCUUACUUUAUCUUGUACCAUUUACGCUUUUACCAUUACUUACCAUGGCAUACCUUAAGGGAGAUUUACGGCGUAUGUGGAGCGAACCAUUUAUAACACACGUACCAUCAAAGCAUUUGGAGGUCUGACGAAUAUCUUAGAAUUGCACAUUUCAAGUAUUUCGCUAUAAGAACAAAAAUAAUGAAUGCGUGUUUAACGUCAUGUUACAAAUACUCCAAUUAUUCAUUGGUACCAUUGUGUAAGUAAAUUCGUUGAUCAUUUUAUUUUCUGUUAUUUUUCGCUCUAAAAACAAUAUAUAUAUAUAUAAUAUAGUUAGUAUACUAUAUAUAUAUAUAUAUAUCUAUUAAUUUUAUUGUCUUUUCAUCUUGUCAUAUUACAUUUACAUUCUUUCUUAUUCCCUCUUUCAUCACCGUUUCUUCGUUUAAAUAUUGUGAAAAUGCACUACAAAAUCGGACUGCGUAGAGAAUUUAGAUGUAAAAAAAAAUAAUAUAUAUUAUUGAUUUUUAAUUUAAAUACUUCGUGUAGUUGACAGAGAAGUAUGGCCGACUGAAAACGUAUUGCAAUUUACUCUUGUUUUUUAUUAUUAGUAUUUUUAUCUAUAUUAUUAUUAUAUAAAUGUUUAGUAGAAUUAGAAUAUGACUUUAACCUAAUGUCACAAAAAAAUAAAAUGAAAUAUUGAAGACGUUUAUUAAUUUAGCGGUAUAAUUAAUUUAUCGUAUUAUAAUAAUAAUUAUUUACCUAAUUAUUACGUAAAAAAAAAACAUAUUAGUAGAUGAAUAUUUUUUUUAAUAUGUUUAACAUUAUACUGACCAAUAUUUCUAUAAAAUUUAAACGUGCCGGUGUAAUGCAAAUUGAAAAUAUGAAAAGACACGCGUGUUGGUUGUGACUUCAUUUAAUGAAAUAAUUCCUUUCUAAUUGAAAUAAAUGAAGAUAUUAUGUACAUAAAUAUAUAUUAAAGUAUGAUUUUCAAAAAUUAAAAAAAGUGCUAAAAUGAUAGAAAAAGUUAUA